ACAUCGGAGGUCGCUGAACUCUGAUCUGAUCUGAACUGACAGACGUUUCCUGAUGAGUCACAGGUUCAUCGGACUGAACCAUGAGGCUUCAAACGACCCGGCGGCAGCGCUAGAGAAGCAUUCAGUCUUCACACAGAGCGGAGGACGACAGCAACAAAGAUGGAGCGACUCAACUUACUCGUCUGUCUCAGUUUGAUUACUGUGGCUUCAACUCUGGAUCCCAGAGGAGCCCGUCCGGUGCAGCAAGGCACCAGAUCUGAUAAGUGUGACACAGUGAAGGAGUGGCCUUUCUGCACAGACGACCAAUGGGGCUCUAAAUGCCCGUCGGGCUGCAGGAUCCAGGGUCUGAUAGAUAAAUACGACCACGGCGCGCUGAAGCAGAUCGAGAAGAUCCGCAGCCUCCUGGACCAGAACAAGGCCAAGCACCGCUCCGCCGACCAGGUGUCCAAACAGACCUACGACUACCUGAAGGACAAACUCACCGUCGAUGCUGGUCAUGAUAACACCUACUACGACCUGGCCCAGAGUCUGCGUCAGAGAAUCACAGACAUGAAGAUUAAGAUCGACCGACAGCUGAGUGCUCUGGCCGCCCUGAAGGAGCGAGUCAAGGACCAGGUCGUCGAGAUGCAGAGGCUGGAGAUUGAUAUCGAUAUUAAGCUCCGUUCCUGCAAAGGAUCCUGUGAAAGCUACAGCCAGUACCAGGUGGAGCAGGAGAGCUACGUGGCUCUGGAGAAGCAGGUCAACCAGCUGGACUCCCAGUCGGGUCGGAACAUUGAGGCUGUCGGGACGAUGUACGUGAUGAAGAGCAGGCUGAUGAAGGAUGCCGUCGUGGACUCCAUCUACAAGUCCGGGGACGGGGACGGUAGCAGGGCGGGACAGCAGACAGAAGACAUGUUCUCUGAUGUGCCGACGGUCCAGUUGGUACUCGAGGAUGAAGGCUCCGAAACAUCCCCAGCAACCAUCUCCAAGGUCCCAGGUACUUCCUACUCUCCAUCUACAUCCUCAUCAACCUCUUCCUCCUCCUCCUCUACGUCAUCUAAAUCCAUCACUGAGCUCGGAGGCGACGGUGAUAUCUUUGGUAACGGCGGAGGUUCCAGUACAAGCCACGCGUCCACCAAAAGCGUUACCUGCACCAAGAGCAUCAGGACGACCGUCGUCCAAACGAAGAGCGGGCCGGUGGAACAGACGGAGGAGGUGAUGGAGGGAGGCCCCGAGUGCCAGACCAUGACAGACCUCACCAAGGGAGGGAUGGGCCCUCUCUUCCCUGGCUUCACAUCCUCAUCAUCAUCAUCGUCUUCUUCUUCUUCUGGGACAAAGACCGUCCACACCGGUGGCACCAAGGGAAGCCUCUUCGAUUCCAAAGCUGGGUUUGAGGAUCCAUUUAGCGUUGACUUCGGGCUCGACCUCGGCCGGUUCCUGACGGACGCAGGAGAGGAUGACUUUCCUGAUUUCCAGGCCAGAAGUGUGAAGACCGCGCGUACUGAGCGGCACGCCGACUAUAUAGGAAAAGAUUGUGUCGCAGCCCACCAGAACCACCUGAACGGGGAAACGAACGGCCUGUUUAAGAUCAAACCCGGCGGCACGGACUCCACACAGGUAGUGGACGUUUACUGCCAGCAGGAGGGGCUAAUGGGCGGGUGGUUGUUAGUCCAGCAAAGAGAGAGCGGCGCGCUCAGCUUCAACUGCACCUGGGCAGAAUACCGUAACGGGUUCGGCUCGAUAGACGCAAAGGGCAAGGGGGAGUACUGGCUGGGCAACCAGAACCUCCACCUGUUGAGUAACCAGGGCGAGACCAUGCUGAAGGUGGAGCUGGAGGAUUGGGAAGGGGGCGUAGCCAGUGCUGAGUACACAGUCAGGGUUGGGACGGAGGAGGAGGGGUACCCGCUGCACGUGUCUGGGUACAUCGGGGUGGCCGGGGACGCUCUGGUGAUGCCCAACUCUGACAUGGCGUCUUACCUGUCCCACAACGGGAUGAAAUUUAGCACCUUCGAUAAAGACAACGACAAGUGGGAGGAGAGUUGCGCGGAGAUGUACGGAGGCGGGUGGUGGUACAACAACUGCCAGUCGGCUAACUUGAAUGGGAUUUAUUAUAAAGGCACGUACGACCCGGAGAAAAACACGCCAUAUGAGAUUGAAAACGGAGUCGUGUGGGUGACGUAUAAACCGGCCAAUUACAGCCUGAAAACUGUUAGGAUGUUUAUCCGACCAGCUGCUUUUUAAUAGAUCAUGGAGAAAAUGUGAUCAAAUAAAAUAGAAUAUACACAUUUAUUUAAACCCAAAGAAACAAGAGCCUGAAAUAAGACGUAAAGAUGUAACGCAACACUGAAGCUGCAGGUAAAUAUUUGAGGCCAAAAAUCAAAGUUUCUUCAUUCUGAGAUUUCAAAAUCAUGUCAAACAGCGUGGGAUGUUUGCACUUUGUGUAAAUGUCAUUGACCUGUUUAUCUCACCAGUGCUCCUGGAACGAGACCUGAUGCUCCCAAAGUGUGUACUGAACUCUGCUCAAUCAAUAAAGAUUCAAUGUUCACUUCA